CAACUAUCCACGUUUCGAACCGGCUUCUUCAAAAUUUGCACUGCGAAGAGCAGCAGUCUGCCCAAAAUGACUAGGAAAACUGUCAGAUCUAUCCUAGAGCUGGGAGACUUUUUCAAAAGCGGAGAUGGAGGAGCAAACUGCGAAACAUGGGGUCCAUUUAAUCGAAUUUUCAGGGUAUCAACGCAGUCUAGUCGAAUGACUAUACCCAAAAAGUUUGAGGAGAAAUUGACUCGGUGGUUCAAGCUCCCAGGCGACAUAAAUGAUGACCAAUCCAUUAAAAGAGCGGAAUAUCAAACUGUUGGUUGGUAUUCACAAAUUUCAUAGAAAUGUAGAACUACUGUAAAGGUAAAACUUUGUCUAUUAAAAUAGAAUACCUACUACCCCCUUCCUUGUGGAAGUCUGUGCUGACAGCCCCUCUGUUCAAUUCCUAUCCCUUAGAUGUUACUGAAAUAGAGAUUGCGACGCCUGAAUAAAAAAUAAAUCACGAUUAUGACGUAGGGGGGGUUAAUCAGUUAAAAACCCAAAGAGUUUUGACAGAAGCUUUGGGUGAAACUGGUGUGAUUAGUAGUGUGAGGAAUAUUGAGGAUUCUAGCAGGGUUUGUUGAGGUAUUUGUUAGGGUAUUUGUAGAAAACGUUCCACAGAAACAUUCAGGAAAUGUUUAGGAACUGGAUUAGAAUAGUUUCCUUUGAUCCUUUCUGAGGGAGCAUCGGGUGAUAUUUCAAAAGACUAGCUACAGGGGAGAUAAGCCACAGGGGAGGGAAGAUCACAAAGGCAAAAUUAUUUAUUGCCCAACUCUCACAUUUGCAGACUGAAGGAAGGAUAAAGGUGACCCUGAAAAAACAUAAUCAAAUUUUUUUUCCUUUAUGUAACCUGGAAAUUAGAUUUGAACUAAUAAGAGGAAAGAAAUGUCUACUUUAAUGAUCAUACCAUCCUUGAAGUCUCCAAUGUUUAUGAGCAAAGACAUGAUGGAUCUCUUGUGGCCAGUUGUGGAAGUCUGCAGAACAUUGUUGGAAAUCUUUUAAGUGUCUGUGGAUAUGAUGAAGCUCUUUGCAAAAAAUUGUGCAUCAUCAACUAACCUUGUGAUUUUAUCUUAAAUAGUUAGAGUAUUUGACCGCUGGACCUGCAAUCAAACCUGUUUUAAUGGCGCAAGAGCCCUUAGACCACUUAACAAUGGGGAGACAAACCCUGUUACCUCGGAGUCUGCAGAAAUGCCUUUUGGUUCCAAAGUACCAGAGUGUGACUUCUGCACACCACUUGAUUAUACUGCAGCAGGUAAUACCAUGAUGUUCACAUAUUGUAAUUAUCCUCUUGAAAAAGUCUGAAUUAUACCACAUUAUAUGAUUUCAGAUCAGUGGGGUCGAUUGGAAAAUGCAAGUGGUUUGACGGCAUCCAAUGUUGCAAAAUAUGAUGGAUUGCAUAGUAUGGUUGUAUUCAAGGAACAUCCACCAAGCCUUAUGGACAAGGUCAGUGGAAGUCUUUUUACUUAUUUAUCUUCAUCAUAAAUAGAAUUGGUCUUUUUCUUGUGGAAGUUUAGUGACAAGCGGGCAAAACAGGUGCUCCUUCAAGAGGUUUUUAUAUAUGGAGGCCAAAAAGUAAAUAACCUUUAACCUUUAAAAUCCAGAGGUGAUUAACAAUUGUAACCUCUCCCUAUCAUAUCCAUACACUACCCAGCAAACAGGUAAUGAGAAUAUUCAAACUCAAUCAGACCUUGGAAGUUAAUUUUUUUCUGAUUUUUUAUCCGAUUUUAGAGAAAACUGUGUGAUAUUUUGGACUUAUGUACUCAGUGGUUUGAAGUUACUCAUAAAAACAACCCACUGGCAAUUUACCCGAUCAUGAACUGGAAUUGUCGUGCACGAGCUGGAGCUUCACAACACCAUGGACACUCACACAUGUUACUAGCAGAGAACUUCCAUUAUGGGCAGUGGGAACGCUUAAAACAGGCUGCAAAACAUUACUCAACAGAAAAUCCUGGCUGUAACUAUUUUGAUGACCUUGUGACUGCUCACAGAAAUCUUGGACUUGCAAAGAUGUUUGGAGAAGCUUGUGUGUUUGCCCAUAUAGUACCUUUUUGUGGCUAUGAGUUUAAGGUCAUCUCAUGGGACUUUGAUGAUAACUUCAAACAGGCAAUCAGUGAAGCAGUGGAGGCACUUAUUAACAAGUUUGGUGCAAAAUGUUUCAAUUUGUGCGUUCACUUUCCACCUCUUGAAAAGGGAAAGCUCAGAAAAGUUGCAGCAGCUGAAGAAGUGAAAAACAAGAGUUUGGAGAUCGGUGAAAUUGCAAUGCCUUUUAUGGCUCACCUUGUCGACAGAGGAGGAGUAAGAAAUUCAUCCUCUGAUGUUUGUGGAAUGAGGAUUUAUGGAAGUGCCAUAGUCAAUGAGGAUCCCUUUUCAAUUGCACAACAGUUAGGAUGGUCAACGUGACCUGAGUUUCAUAGUUUUUUUAAAAGUGUAUUUACAAAAAGUAGAUUGCCUGAUU